AUGAACAACCAUGGCAAUGACGGAGGCGGAGUUCAGGGCCUAAUGACACUGGCAAACUUUUUCAAGGUUAAUCUGCCUAAGUUCAAGGGAACUACUAGUCCGACUGAAGCUGAUACCUGGUUUCAGGCUAUGGAGCAAGCACUGCAAGCGCAGGUGGUACCUGAAGGGCAGUGUGUUGAGUUUGCUACCUAUUUGCCCACUGGGGAAGCAUCACAUUGGUGGCAAGGAGUCCGACAUCUCAUGCAGCAGGGUGAUGACUAUAUCACCUGGAAUGCCUUUCGGGAGGAGUUUUAUAAGAAGUACUUUCUAACUUCUGCCACGACGGCCAAGGAACUUGAGUUGCUGCAGCUGAAGCAGGGUACUAUGUUUUCCCGUAUGUGUCAGGGAACUCCGGGAGACUAUGAGGAAUGGAAGUGCAUUAAGUAUGAAGGAGGACUCCGGAGCGAUAUUUUUAGCUCGGUGGGACCAAUGGAGAUUAGGACUUUCUCCGAGUUGGUGAACAAGAGUAAGGUUGCUGAAGAGUGUGUGAAGAAGGCAGCUGCCGAGAGAGGAAGUCACAAGGGAUCAUUUCCAUAG